AUGGUUGUGUCGGCUCCUAUCGUCGGCUCUAUCCCUCUUCAUGCUGAUCUUAGUUUCACAGAAGGUAUGCCUUCUGUUACUGGCCCAGAACACCACGUAAAGGUACCAGCACAUCGUUCUGGUGCCUCCGCUGGGUCAUCAAUGACUACGGCUUCGCAGGCAUCUUUACCUACCAUAAGGAAGAAGAAGAAAAAGAAGAAGAAGAAGAAGAGUUCAAAGGUGUAG